AUGUCUCCAUUCCGGCUCCGCAAAAACAUUGCCGCUCUCGAGGAAAAAGAGCGUGACGAUCUGGUACUUGCAUUCCAUUUACUUCAGAAAGAGGGUCCAGGAACGGCAGAGUCUCCAAAUGAGGAUUCCUUUUAUACCAUCGCAGGUUAUCAUGGCCAGCCCUUCAGGGGUGCUGGCUAUGGAAAUCGAGAUUGGUGGGGAGGAUACUGUCAUCAUGGCAAUGUGCUUUUUCCUACCUGGCAUCGUGCGUAUGUCCUUCGCUUGGAGGACGCCCUCCGCAAAGUUGCAAAGAUGCCGAAUCUAGCUCUGCCAUACUGGGAUGAGUUUGCCGACUCAUUGGUGCCGAAAAUCUUCACACAAAGAAAAUACACUUUACCCAAUGUGGGCGAGAUUGACAAUCCCCUAUAUUCAUACAAACUGUCCCAAGGAUUCUUCGACAACCUCGGUCGAAUUGCAUCCGACAAAUCCGGCACCACGACCAGAAGGGUUGAUUACAGCAAGCCCAAAAAGUAUGAAACAGUUCGAUGUCCUUACUCGGGACUUGUUGGGAAAGAUGACAAGGACGCUACAGAGAAUUACAACGCCACCAUCAGUGAGGCUGAUGCUACCAAGAGGCUGAAUGAAAAUGUGUUCUACUGGCUAAGAAGUCCCGCUACGAAUAGAGUCCCAGGCAUGCGUCAGCUUUACAUCAAUGCUGCCUGGAAGGCUCCCAACUACACCGUGUUUUCCAACACCACAUCAGCUGCUAAGUGGAACGAUGAUCUAUUUGGUCGUGAACAUGAAUGGAUGGAUGACUUUGUGGUUUCCGUGGAGCGGCCACACAAUGGAGUUCAUCUGGCAGUUGGUGGAUAUGACAUGCCUGACAAGGAUGCUCACCGAACAACUCCCUCCCAAGCAAACGGGGACAUGGGCGAGAAUGACACGGCGGCGUUCGAUCCGAUCUUCUUUUUUCAUCACUGCUUUAUUGACAUGGUCUUUUGGCUCUGGCAGUUCCAUCAUGAGGCCACAGAGAAGUUUGAUAUUAUUCCGUUUUACCCCGGAACCAGUCCGAUUGAUAGUCAAGGUCCAACUCCGGGUAUGAGUGCUGAUUCCCAGCUCAACAUGGAAACCCCGUUAACCCCUUUUCGCUACACUUCAAAGAAGCUCGGAUACACGUACGAUUGCGAUCAAUACCGUAAUAAGACCCCUCCACCACCUAUUGAUGUCCUGCCGGUACCAGCACCGCCAGUCAGAGCUUUAGCGCCAUCCACGUCACGCUCAGCUGUACGGGUGACAGGUAUCAGCCGGAGCCAAAGACUGGGCUCUUUUGUUGUGGCUAUUUGGGCCUUCCCUUCCGACAACGAGCAUGAUUGGGAUCAAGCUACUCUAGUUGGGCUCGAGCCGGUUUUCAGCCGGUGGCAUGUGCCAAAUUGUGCCAACUGCAGCAACUCUCUGACGGUAACUUUGCACGCACAUCUACCACCCGGCUCAUCCCCAACGGACUCAGACAAAUUUACGGAUGGAGGCCAGAGAGAAUGGAAACUGAAGAUUAUUGUGCUGGAUAACCAGCUCAUAAAGGACAAGGAAGGCGUGCCCCGCAAAAAAAGGUUACUCAACCCUAUCACAGGUGACAGCAAAGUGGAUCCAGGACCUUGGAUUGAGAUUAAGAAGGUUUCAGGUUGA